CAAGAACGAUCCACUCAGUUGAGUGUCACAUUUUGCGCAGUUUGGAAUUCUAUUAAGAACCUCUUGUUCAAUCUGUCAAAUAACAAUGCAUUUCAUCACAAUCGCGCUGAUUUCAUUUUUGUUGUGCAACUUUGCGGUUAGCAUUACGAUUAUUUCGUCCAAUUCGGUGUUCGAUGAUACCGUUGAUUUUUCGGAGAGUGACAUGACAUCGGAGAAUUUUAGCGAAGAUGAGAGCCGAAACAAUCUUUUCGAAACGGUGUAUGCCAAGCAGUCGUUGGGCAAAAGUCAUCGAUUUUACUUCACUGUUGGUGAACGACAAAAUGGCGAUGAACAAUUGGAUCACGUUUUCAAGCAAACUGGUUGGAAGACAAAAACCAAUGCACAUAUCAAUCUAACCUAUCCGGGUGAAGGAAAGACCAUCAAAAGUUUGACUUUCGUUAUGUUGACCGUUUAUCAGGAAUCGGCGGAUAAUCAAAUACACGUUAUUGAUGGCGGAAUCAAAGAAAAUAAAAUUACCAUUGGAAUCAGUGCCAAUGACACUCGUUAUGUUGCAUACAAUGUAUACUUUUAUGGAACCGUCUGAAUGAGGAUUCAAGUUGUCAAAAAUGCCGAGCGAGAAUCGAAUGAAAUUCUAAAGCAAUCGACAUAAAUACACAAAAAAAUACGAGUAGCAUUAUCUCAAUCUGUCUCAGUUUAUCAAUUGAAACUGUUUUAAAACAAAUAUGAUUCAUUCUUACUUACUUACUAAUCACUUCCUUUUUUGCAACAAUGUUCUUAUCACAUGACGUACAAUUUAAUAAAGAGCUCAUCAUCUAACACAGUAAGCAAAACCAGAGAAACAAAAGCGGUUAAGAUAAAGAGAAAUGUAUGAAUUUAUUCAACUGAUAGAUGUUCUAAACUAUUUUUAGAAAUAAAAUCAUGGAAUGUCAAGUGUUUAACAGUAAUGGAUACGAUACGAUCCAUUAACUGAAAAUCAGAUCAGAACAUGAAGUCAAAAUUACAAUUUUAUGUCACAUGAAUGGAUUUGGAAAUGUUGAUAGUCAAGUAAUUUUCUUACUUUUCGUAAUAAGGUGAUUGAAUAUUGGAAAUAUAA